CCGUCUCUCCAUUGUUGUUCGGCGACGGUGACAUAAAAAGUUACUCCUUUUUUCUUUGAUACGAUAGAAGAAAGGAACCCUAGAGUGAUAGGAGGAAAGGGUGUCACCGCCGUUGCCCGAUCCGAUCAUCAUCGGAGGAGGAGGUCCUGUCGCCGGCGGCGGACCGCGCAGCACGGUUUGACUCCCCUUCACCCCGACCUGCAAGAUGGUGUCGGCCAGUCGGGAAAUGGCGGUGUACUGCUUCGAUACCCUCGUCGCCCACUACAACAGCGAGCACGUGCCCCCCCCGGCGUUCGAGGAAGGGCAGCACCCAUUAUUUGUGACUUGGAAGAAAGCAGUCAAUGGAGCGGAACCUUACUUGCGUGGAUGUAUUGGAACUCUGGAAGCCCACUGCAUAAUCAGGGGUUUCAGGGACUAUGCUUUAACCAGUGCUUUGAAGGACCAUCGUUUUCCUCCAAUACAAGCUAAGGAAUUGCCAUAUUUGGAAUGUACAGUGUCUAUACUGACUGACUAUGAAUCUGCUCUCGACUACCUUGACUGGGAGAUCGGGAAGCAUGGCUUAAUAAUUGAAUUUGCUGACCCUAAUUACAACAUGAGGCUCAGUGCGACAUACUUGCCUGAGGUUGCUGCCCAGGAAGGUUGGACGAAGAUAGAAACGAUUGAUUCACUGAUGAGGAAAGCAGGUUUCAACGGCACGAUAAAUGAGUCACUCCGCAAGCGACUUCAUGUUACCCGCUACCGGAGCACCCUCUACACCAUGCAUUACAGUGACUAUGCCUCCUAUGUCAAGAUGAUCAGAGGGGCAGCCCCUGCAAUUAACGGGGCCAAACCCAACUAUUGAUUCACCUCAGCAGCUGCACUGAUGGAGCUGCAAAAGGUACCAUUAGACCCUCCCUAAUUAAACUUGGUCGGGUGGGGAUUAUUUGCCUUCAAUUUCGCCAUUCCUACUGUAUGUUUUCUCGGACUCAUUCGAUAAAAGAAAAAGACAAAAAAAGAAAAAGGAGGAUAUCGAGACAGUGAUCUUGAAACUUCA